GGUAUGAUUUUUAACCAUUGAAAAUUCAUCAAGAAUAUAGAUUUUGGAAGGAAAUCCAAUCCACUGGAAUUGUACGUUAAGUUGUUUGGAAUACAGCUCAUCCACGUGGGGUAGUGCUGUUUCUGAGACCUUUCGAGGUCCGUCCGUUGUUGGCAAUGGCCUCUCUUCCGCCUGAUGUUAUGAACAUGAUAUGUGAAGAGCUGGCAAACCGUCGCGAUUUCGGGACCCUCUUUCAUCUUUGUCUGUCAGGGAAACAGAUGGCAGGAGGUGCAUUGUGGUGGUUGUAUAGAAUUCAUACGCAUACGUCCAUUAGAGGCGGGGAAAGCAAUGAAGAUGAAAUGUCGAGAACAGGUGAAUUUAAAGAGACGAGCAUUGCCGCACGUGAAGCCCAGCAGAGGUUGACAGUAUCCCAAUGGGCCUUGCAGUGGAGAUCAAUUAUUUUGUCAAGUCUUGGAAGGACUGUUUACCCAUACUGCCUCUACAUACAAUCUCUUGACCUUCGGAACUUGGUUGACCUUCUUGAGGAUAAUAUUUUUCAGGGGAACUUUCAAGAUAUGUUCUUCUCGUCGCUCCCGUCGUUCGGCGAGACGCAAAUUAAUACCAGAAUCCUGAGGAGCAAAGGAAAGGGGCGCACGCCGAUUAAUAUCCGCCUUUUCAUAAAUUCGGUGGGAGAUUCCAUAUCCAAAUCCGUUGGGGACUCGGCCAAUCUGCUUGGAACUACGGCGGCGCUGAACGCCAUUGACCUCUCUGGGAAUAUAGACCCGGUUGCAUUUCCUACAUGGCUUGGAAGGCUUUCGAGGCUCGAAUCCAUGGCCUUGUGGGAUGGCACUGUUCUUAACAGACAGGCCGGCGAGAUUAUACACAAACACUGCCAAAAUUUCAAGAGUCUGAGUAUCUACACUUGUCAUGGAGACAAGGUCGAUUUUAAUUUGGCUAGUUUCCUUGAUGCUUUACCUAAGAACACGCUGAAAUCUCUUCGCGUAUUCAGUUAUAAUGAUAUCGCCGGGAAAACAUUCCAGGCACUAAACCAGCACAGGGAGUCCCUCGUCGACCUUACCCUUGGCAAUCUGAAAGCCCCGGCAAUCAGGUCCCUAUCGGUGCUCAAAGGCCUCACCGCACUCCUAAACCUCGACUUAGAUGACUCUGAGGGACGCAUUAAUUUAGAAUCGACGGCAAAUGACAGUUUCCUGGAGUUAAUCGGCUGGGUUACUGGAUGCAUGCAACUAAAAACCAUUCGACUUAAUAGGUUUGUGGACGGCCCCGCCAUUAUGAGAGCCCUAUGUUUGGACGACAAGAUACGAUUGAAUAGCGUCACCCUCAGAGGUUAUCCCUUUGCCUAUAAUCAGGAGCUGCAUCGAUCUCUAGCCAACCAAACCGAAUUGAAGUCUUUGGAGCUCAGGGCAGAAACAGAUGACGACGACGAUGACAUUGAAGAUAUUGACAUCCUAGUCUCUUCACUCAGUUCACUAAAGGAGCUUCGAUACCUUAACAUACUCGACACUUCCAAUAACUUCCAAGGCCUUCAAGUCGAACUCCUCGCAGUUUCGCUACCGAAUCUUGAAGAUUUAUCAACCAGCGGCCAUACUAUGGGUGAUGAGGUUUGGGGAGCUAUCUCACAGCUAUACCAACUUCGAAGCCUGUCAUUUCACUCCAUGACGGCUUUCACAUUUGAUGGGAUAAUGAAGUACCUGUCUAAUCUACGGCAAAGUAAUUAUGGUAUUCACUUGUAUAUCAUGAACGCCACUGCUGAGAGCCGGCUGAGCCCUCACGAGCAGACAAUCAUUAAGCAGACACUCGAAAAAAGAGUCAAUGGGCGAUUCUCCUUCGUCCAAUACAGGGAGGUGGAAUCCGAUUUCGAUUCCGAAUCAGACUGAUAACAUGAACCUUGCCGCCAGUGUACAGUUAACAGGCCACAAUAAGGGUCUGGGGUUAGUGUACGUUGCCCGGUCUGUCGACUCGUGCCGUACUUUAUUAUCGAUAGCCCUCGAUGUCGUGUGUGCCCUACAUCUGGGGGGAUGUUGAAGUGCAAUUCAUUGCAAGGGCAACCAGAGUAUGCGUUAUGUACAGGUGGGGGAAAGGUUAUUAGGUUUUAAAGUAUAAUUAAGCCGGCCUAGUGUACUCUAUUUCUUGUUUGGAGUCUCGAUACACGAAAGACAGAGCGAUCUGGAUCUUUCCAAUGUUGUUGGUUGAGGUUUACUGUGCUCUUAUGUUAUGGUUGGUUUGUGUGACUAAUGGGGACUCGACCCCACUAUACAUCUGUCUGGAUAAUGUGGACCCCGCCAUCAGAUUAAUUAUUGAC